AUCAAGAAGAGAUCUAGAGUGCCUGGUGUUAUGAUCACCCAGUACGUCAAGGAACUGCCACGUGGAAAAACUACACCUGAUUUCACCAGAAAACCAAUUGCCUUGACAGUUCAAGAAGGGAGAGUGGCUAUUUUCAAAGCGGUGGUGAACGGAGAUCCAGCACCAACUGUAACAUGGGCUCGCAACAAGGGUGACACUUCUGAUCCAGAAAAAUAUAAGCCAAGAUAUGAUGAAAGGACUAGAGAACAUGUUCUAGAGAUAGUAAAUGUGCAAGUAGAUCAAGCAGAUACGUACAAAUGUUUCGCAACAAAUCUAUUUGGAAAAGCCAUGUGCACAGCUGCAUUGAGUGUAUUUGCAGUUGGAUUCAAGAAAAAGUCAAAAGAUACAUCAAAAAAAGAUGACCAAACCAACGAUCCUGAGGACUUCAGGAAAAUGCUUAGAAAGACCACAAUUGUCAAGAAGAGAAAAGAAAAACCCAAGAAAGAGGGAGAGAUUGAUCCAAAAUUCUGGGAAGUGAUGCUAAGUGCCAAAAAAUCUGAUUAUGAGCGCAUCUGCCAUGAAUUUGGAGUCACUGACUAUCGGUGGAUGCUAAAACAGCUCAACCUGAAGAAAAAGGAGAAGGAGGAUGAACAAGCAAAGGUGGUUGAAAAUGUUGGCAACAUGAAUCAGAUUGAAGUGAAGACAAGUGGCAGAGCUGAGUUUGAGUUUGAUAUGAAGCUUAAGGACGCAAACAGUCAAAUUAAUCUCUACAAAAAUGGUGAAAUGCUUGAUUAUGGCGAUGGCACUGAUGAUUCCUCCAAACACAAUAUGAAAAAGACUGGUGACAAAUACAUGUUUAGCAUAAACAAUCUUGGCUUAAAUGAUGGCGGACUAUACCAAGUGGAUGUUGAAGAUGUCAACAUUAUUUCAACGACCUUAGCAAUUCCUGAUGUGGAAUUUGAUGGUAUGCUAAAAGAUGCUAAAGUGGUUGAGGGGCAGGAUGCCAUGUUUGAGGGCAUUUUUUCUGGUCCUGUACCUCAAAUCACUUGGUGUGCCAAUGACAUCUCUGUUGAGCAUGGAGACAAGUACAAUAUCACAGUCUCUGAAGACAAGCUCACCCACAGAUUGGUAGUAAAGAAUUGCAAAAAAGAGGACAAGGGCGUGUACACUGCUAUUGCUGGGAUUAAAUCAUCCAGGGCCACCCUUGCUGUUGAUGAGGACCCUAACAUCAAGGGAAAAGGUCGAGGUGGUGAAAGUGACGGAGCAGACGUUUUUGCAAGACGUCUGGCAGAUGAACAGGCCAGACUACAAAGAGAAAAAGACGAAGCAGCCAGGAGAGGCAAGGGUACAGAUGGGAGAGGUGAUGGAGCUGAUGGCCAUGGUGGUGCAGCGGAUGGUCGUGGUGAUGGAGCGGAUGGCCAUAGAGGACUUGGCGGAGAUGGAAGAGAAGGAUGUGGAGGAGAUGCAACAGGGAAGUAUGGACAAGGUGGCCUUGGAGUACUUGACGGAAGUGGAGGGAAUAGACUUGGAGGAGAUGCGACAGGGAAAUACAGACAAGGAGAAGAUAGUAAAGAUGGAAGUGGGAAGAGUGGAAAGGAUUCUGGAAUGGGUUUAGGAGCAGAUGGACUGGGAGGCCAGUCAGCUGUGGCUGGAUCUGGUGGCGAUGGUACAGAUGAUAAAGUGCACUUUGCAAGCGGCUUAACAGACAAAAAUGCUCUCCGUGGCAAACCUGCAGAGCUGGUGUGUAAACUAAAUACUGACAAAAUGGAUGGUGUGUGGUAUAAAGAUGGAAAUAAGAUGACUUCCAAAGAUGGAGUGGUAAUCUCUAAGGAUGGUUGUACACAUAAGCUCAUUAUCCAGAAUUGCAAGGAUUCUGAUGGAGGUCUAUAUCAUUUUGAGGUAAAUGGUUGCAAGACAGAGGCCAUGGUGAGAGUUGGAGAUCUUCCAGAAUUCGAUCCUGAUGGUUUGCAAAAGUUCUCCAACCCUGUGAUAGUGAAAGCAGGCCAGAGUGCAUCUUUUAAGAUGUCAUUUCCUCCACAAGCUUCACUGGAGAUUAAAUGGUUUAAAAAUGGCUUGGAGCUUCUUGAUGGUGGUUCAGUGAAAGUGGUGAAGGAAUCAAACCACAGUCGUCUUCAAAUAAAAGACUGCCUGCGAUCGGAUACUGGUCAAAUCAAAAUCCAGCUAAAAAAUCCUUUUGGUUCUAUUGAAGCUUUGUCAAGCCUUAUAGUAUUAGACAAGCCAGGUCCACCACAAGGCCCACUAGAAGUGAAUGAAAGCACAUCCUCGGUCCUUGAAUUGAAAUGGAAUCCUCCGAAGGAUGAUGGUGGCUCAAGAAAGAAACUGAUAUUCGGCACACAGGCCUCUCCGCCGCCAGACAUUACCUGGCUUAAGAAUGGGGAACCUGUAUCUCCCUGGAACAAGAUAAUUCAUGCUGAUGGCACUUGCACGCUUGUCAUUCCCUCCUCAAAGUACUCAGAUUCAGGAGUCUACACCAUUGUGGCUAAAAACUCAAGUGGGCAAGCCAGCUUUGACAUAGAGGUCAGAGUAACAGAUGAACCCAAGCCCCCAGGCCCAGUGGUGCUAGAACAGGUGGUUUAUGGCAAAGUCAUUAUCACAUGGAGUCCUUCUCCAGACCACAACAAAGACGACCGACUGCACUACGUGGUGGAAGAAUAUAACUCCAACACACGCAUUUGGCGCAGAAUAGCCGACCAUCUUCUCUGUACUACCUACACUACCAACAUUCAACCAGGUCAAGAAUAUCACUUCAGAGUCUAUGCAAAAAAUGAUAUGGGACUCUCUGAUCCUUCAGAAUCACCAACAUGGGGCAUAAACAACAAUAAAGUUCCAAUGCCCUCAACUGUGUCAGCCGUGGUCACUUUGGAAAGGCCACCAUCCAUCCUGGUUCCACUGAAACGCCACACUCCACCAAAAGGAUACCAGUGCUACAUGACCUGCGCUGUCCGCGGCUGUCCCAGCCCAUACAUUGCAUGGUACCAUAACGGGAUUUGCAUCAACUCCGACAACAACUACUACAUCACAAACACAUCUGGUGUUUGCUCUAUGUACAUCCUCAGAGUUCGACCUGAAGAUAGUGGCGAGUACAAAGUGGUGGCAGUCAACCAAUUUGGCAAGGCAGAAUGUUCUUCUAUAUUAAAAGUAAAAGUGUUCCCUGGUCCACCAGGCACGCCAAAGGUGGUCAGUGCAUUCAAAAACUGUAUAAACCUAACAUGGACCCCACCAGAGAAAGAUGGAGGGAAUAAAAUCUUGGGCUACCAGCUAGAGAAACGCAAAACAGAUACAAACCAGUGGGUGACUCUGAACCCAGUUAAGGACCCUAUCCAAGAUCUGAAAUAUGCAGUGAAGGAUGUGUCAGUGGGGUCAGAGUAUGAGUUCAGAUUUGAUAUGGCUUUUGUUUCCGUUCUACAGAUACCAAAUGUAGAUUCGGAUCAAGCAGACACAUACAAAUGUUUUGCUAUAAAUCCAUUUGGAAAGGCGGUUUGUACUGCUGCACUGAAUGUCAUUGAGGUUGGGUUCAAGAAAAGAGCGCCAGCCCCCAAAAGUGACCCUGAUGAGUUCAGAAAAAUGCUGAAGAAAACGGUUGGGAAGAGAAAAGAAAAACAAUGGAAUGAAGGAGAAAUCGAUCCGAGGUUCUGGGAGGUGUUACUAAGUGCACCCAGGAAAGAUUAUGAACGGAUUUGUCAGGAAUUUGGAGUCACCGACUUCAGGUGGAUGCUGAGAAAACUUAACCAGAAGAAAAAGGAAAGAGAGGCAGAACAGUCAAAGUAUGUUGAGAAAAUCCACAGCUUGAAACAGAUCGAGGUAAAAAUGGAUGGCACAGCGGAAUUUGAACUCGACAUGAAAUUAAAGGAUCCUAACAGCAAAAUCCUUCUCUUCAAAGAUGGGGAAAUGCUUGACUAUGGAGAUGGAACUGAUGAGGACACAAAACAUAAUAUGCAGAAAUUUGGUGAAACAUACUUGUUCAGCAUUAGAGAUGUUGGCCCAGAAGAUGCUGGGUUAUAUCAAGUGGAUGUAGAGGAGGUGAACAUGUUCUCAACUUCCCUAGUGUUGCCUGAUGUGGAGUUAAAUACCACACUGAAAGACACUAAAGUAAUUGAGGGGCAGGAUGCGGUGUUUGAAUGUGCCUUAUCGGACCCUGUACCCCAAAUCACCUGGUGUGCUAAUGACAUCUCUGUUGAGCAUGGGGAAAAAUAUGACAUUGCCGUGUCAGAAGACAAGCAAGUCCACAAACUAGCAGUGAAAAAUUGUACAAAAGAGGACAAGGGAGUCUAUACGGCUAUUGCUGGGCUCAGGUCAAGCCAGGGGACUCUGGAUGUGGAAGAUGAUCCCAGUGCCCGCGGGAAAGAUGAUGGUGCAGAUGAACUAGCCAGACGUUUAGCAGAAGAGAAAGCCAGACUGCAGAGGGAAAAGGACGAGGCGGCCAGGAGGGCACAGGCUGAAAAAGAUGAAACAGCCAGGAAGGCCCAGGCUGAAAGAGAUGAGGCAGCGAGGAAGGCCCAGGCUGAAAAAGAUGAAGCGGCCAGGAGGGCCCAGUCUGAAAGAGAUGAGGCAGCCAGAAGGGUUCAGGCCGAACAAGAUGAGGUGGCUAGGAAGGCAAAGGCCGAGCGAGAUGAGGCAGCCAGAAAAGCUUGGGAAGAACUAGAUGAGGCGGCCAGGAGGGCCCAAGCUGAAAGAGAUGAGGCGGCCUGUAGAGCCCAAGCUGAAAGAGAUGAGGCAGCCAGGAAGGCCAAGGCCGAGAGAGAAGCUGCUGAAAGGAUGGCAGCUAUGGCAGCAGGAAAAGGCAGUGGAGGAUCUAGCCUGGGAGAUGUGAGUGAGGGUGAUGGAACGGGGAAGAACGGAAAAGGAAGAAAUGGUACCUUGGUAAAUGGGUUAGGAGAUGGGAGUGGAAGUCAUGGAAAAGGUGAUGGAUUGGAUUUAGAUGGAUCAGGUAGAGACGGGUCAGGUGACAAGAAGCGUACAAGAGUCGGUGAGCUGAUUCCUAACAACAUCAUAGACCAUGGAGUCCACUUCCUGAACGGGUUGUCAGAUACUGCAGCCAAUGUUGGAGAAUCAGCAGAGUUGUCCUGCAAACUUAGCAGUGAAGAUAGCAAUGGAUUAUGGUACAAAGAUGGAAAAAAGUUGGAGUCAAAGGAUGGAAUUAAAAUUGUCAAAGAUGGGGCUUACCACAAACUAAUCAUCAAUGACUGCCAAGAAAGAGAUGCUGGAAAAUAUAAGUUUGAGGCAGAAGGACGUAAAUCAGAGGCUGCACUAAAUGUUAAGGAUCCACCCAAAAUUGAUGCAGAUGCCUUGAGUAAAUUCUCAGAGCCUGUUAUUGUCAAAGCAGGAGAAAAUGCUUCCUUCAAACUACCAUUUUCAGGCAAAGAACCAAUUAAGAUUCAGUGGUUUAAAGAGAACGAAGAGUUGCUGGAGGGUCACGGUGUCAGGAUUGAAAAGUCUUCCACUCAUAGCCGUCUACUUCUUACUAAGUGUCAGCGCAAAGACACUGGAGAGAUAAAAAUCAAAAUCAAGAAUGAAUUUGCCACUGUGGAGGCAACUUCCAAACUUACAGUACUUGACAGGCCAACUCCACCACAAGGACCUGUAGAAAUCGUAGAAAGCUCCUUGUCUGCCAUUGAGUUUAAAUGGAGACCCCCAAAGAAUGAUGGUGGUUGUCCAGUGACUAAUUACAACCUGGAGCGACAGCAGCUGGGACGGAACACCUGGACUAAAAUCGGAGACAUUCCUGGACAGCCUACCUACAGAGACACAAACAUAGAUCGUGGCCGAAAGUACUGUUACAGAAUCCGGGCAAAAAACUUGGAGGGCUUCAGUGAAGUCUUGACAACUAAUGAUAUUGCUGCUGGCACUUUGGCAUUCCCUGGCUCUCCUGCUCCUCCUAAAAUAGUCAGUGCCUUUAAAGACUGCAUUAACUUGGCCUGGCUUUCUCCCUCCAGCACUGGAGGGGGCAGUAUCAUUGGAUAUAAUGUUGAAAAACGCAAAAAAGGUAGCAAUUUUUGGAGUCAAGCAAACCCAAAAGAUGAUCCAAUCCGAGACAAAAAAUAUGCAGUAAAAGAUGUAAUCGAAGGUGUGGAGUAUGAGUUCAGAGUGAGCGCUAUUAACACAUGCGGGCCUGGGGAACCAAGUGGGCCGUCUGAAUGUGCAAUUGCAAGGGACCCCAAAAAGCCUCCUGGUAAGGUUAAAGACCUCAAAAUUACUGGAUCGAGCUACACCAGUCUAUCUCUUUCCUGGACUAAACCUAAGGAAGUCAAAGGUGAGGAAGAUGAAGCAAAAGGCUAUUUUGUGGAAAUCAGACCCACAGAUCAACUUGAGUGGAGCCGUUGCAAUACAAACGCAGUGAUUCAGACUUCCUUCACUGCUGUGGGAUUGAAGUCAAUGGUCAUGUAUUGGGUUAGAGUGAUCGCUGUCAAUGAAGGAGGAGAGGGGCUUCCACAGAGCUUUGACAAUUACAUCAUUGCCAUGCCUCCUCCAGUAAAGCCAAAGUUCACUGACAAAAAAAUGAAAAGUUUCAUGGUUGUUAAAGCUGGAAACACUGUUCGUGUCAGUGUCAGUUUUGAGGCCUCUCCUUUACCAGACAUAACAUGGCUAAAGAAUGGUGUUCCUGUAGCCAAACAUGUGACAAUUACUAAUUUUGAAAAAGGUUCUCAGCUAUUUAUUUACACCUCAGAGCAGUCUGACACUGGCAUUUAUACUGUCAAUGUGAAGAAUAUGGUGGGCCAGGACACCUUCACUAUUGAAAUAAGAGUCACUGAUGAUCCCAAGCCUCCAGGUCCUGUAGAACUGGAACAGCAUAUCCAAGGCACUGUGACUCUGUCAUGGACUCCUUCUCCCGAUGAGAAACGAGACAACCAUCUGCACUACAUGGUGAUGAAGCGGGACUCUGUCAAGCAAACAUGGCUUACACUGGUUGACUGCUUGUUCAACAACAAAUUCACAGUCAUUAACAUCUUGCCAGGAAGAGAGUACUAUUUCAGAGUGUUUGCCAAGAAUGAUAUAGGCCUCUCAGAGCCUUCAGUGUCUCCAGUAUGGGGAACCACCAAAAAAAGAGAAAAAUUCACAUAUAGCAUGCCUGUAUCAAAGACCCUCGACUUCCAGGCAGCCCCGAAAUUUAUUGUUCCUUUGAAACUUCACGCUGCUCCGCCAGGUUAUGAGUGCUAUAUGAGCUGUGCUGUGACGGGCAACCCAACCCCACAUAUUACCUGGUACCAUAAUAAUGUCAGCCUCAACACAAACCCCAACUACUACAUCACAAACGUGUGUGGUGUUUGUUCACUGCUCAUCCUGAGGGUUGGACCCAAAGACAUGGGAGAGUACAAGGUUGUAGCCGAAAGCCCCCUUGGUCAUGAUGAGUGCUCCACCAAACUUAUAGUCAAAGAGUAA